AUGCCUCCAAGCCAGUAUCAUAAGCCGGAAACUGCGUUGACUAAAGCAAGAGAACUUAUAAAAUGUGACAAAAAGUCUAACGCUUUGGAAAUUUUGUAUGAAGUGAUGCGAGUUAGACGAACUAAACAAUGGCAAAAGGUCUUAGAAGAAUUAAUGAUGCUGUUUGUUGAACUUUGUGUAGAACUCCGUAAGAACAUUCACUUCAGAAAAGCAAUUUAUACGUACAAAAAUAUGAGUGUUAUGGAAAACACUAUUUCACUCGAGCAAGUUAUUCGUUAUUACCUGAACCAGAUAAAGGGUAAAACUGAAGAAGCUCAAGAAGUGUCAAAGAGUGCUAUCAUGGAAAUUGAGGAUUUGGAUGUCCUGGAAACUCCAGAAAGUAUCAUGUUAAAUGCAGUUAGUAUGGAGGGUACUCAAGACCGAUCUGCUAGAACGAUUCUGAUGCCAUGGUUAAAAUUUCUCUGGGAUUCCUAUCGUUUGGUGCUGGAUUUGUUACGUAGCAAUUCGAAGUUAGAAAAGCUGUAUCAUGAAGUAGCUCAUGAUGCUUAUAACUUCUGCUUGAAGUAUGGUCGGAAGACGGAAUUCAAAAAGCUGUGUGAACUGAUUCGACAACAUACUCAAAAAGUCCAGAAUCAGUUACAACCUAAUGCACCUAAUGCUAUAAAUUUGAAUAAUGCCGAAACACAGACAUUACACUUAGAGACUAGAUUACGACAGUUGGAUUGUGCUAUGGAACUAGAUAUGUAUAACGAAGCUUUUAAAACUGUUGAAGAUAUUUGGAGUUUUAUGAUGAUUUCACGAAUACACGCUAUGCCUUCAUUAAUGACCAAUUACUACUCAAAAACAGCGGAACUUUUUCGACGAUGCGGUUGCCAUUUAUAUCACGCUGCUGCUUUACACAAACUUUACACGUUAUAUCGUGAUCAGAAAAAGAAUUUAACUCGUGAAGAACUAUCUGAUCUUGGAUCUCGUGUACUUUGUGCAACUGUUUCCAUUCCUUUACCAAAUGCGAAACUGAAUGCUGACAAAUUCUUAUCUGGCGAGUACACUAUUAUGAAGCAGAAAACACUUGCUGGACUUUUGGGUCUCAUUCAAGUGCCAACUCGUCAAAGUUUAAUACGUGAUCUGGUUCGUCAUAAAGUGCACACCGUUGUCCCAUCAAAUUUAGCUAAGUUGUACCAAGUUCUAGAAGCGGAUUUUCAACCUUUGAAACUUUGGGAACUUGUUCAACCAGCACUUGCCCAUAUUACCACCUGUUCAGAUCUCCAAGUGUACAUUACGCAACUGCAUGAUGUUAUCGUAGCAAAAACACUUCUACAAUUAUCUCAAGUCUAUCAAAGCUUGGAUUUCAACGAAUUUUUCAAACUAUGUCCAUUCAUGGAGCCUAUUCGACUUGAAAGGAUUGUAAUUGAGUUGAUUCAUAAUUUGGAACUGCCUAUUCGAGUCAAUCAUUUACAACAAGCGAUUUUCUUUGAUAAAUUUACAGAUCUUGGAAUAAGUCAAUGUGAAUAUGGUGGACAGUUAGUAUCACAGUCAACCCAUGUAAAUGACCCAGACAAAUUGUCUCGUCAACUAACAAUGUUUGCUCAAGUGAUGCAACAGAUAACUGAUAUUCUGGAAGUUGGUCAGUCUUUAGCUAAUUGUCGACGUGCACUUGUUCAAGAUUACCGGAAAAAUGAAAAAGUCUUACGCAGUGAAUUGCUUAAUCGACGUUGUUUAAUUGAAGCCCGAAAGGAAGAGAUUGAGACGUAUCAGGGUAAACGAGAUCAGUAUUACAGCAUUGUUGAAGCAAGACGUCAAGCGGAACAAGAGCGUCUAUUGAAAGCGGAAGAAACCAAUUUGGCCAAUGAAGCUAUACAACGUGAACGAAUGAAGACGGAAGAUGAGAAAGCUCGUCUAAAAUUACGAAUGGCACGUACUAGUUUGAAAAUGUUCUUAGAUUUAAAAAUUGAUACAAAACUUGAUUUAAAAGAGUUAACAGAAGAACAGCUUGAAAACUUUGAUGCAGAUAAACUUAUUAACAAGCAAAAACAAGAGGUGAAGAAAAAGCGAAAAGAACUAGCGGAGAAGGCUAAAACAAUGGCGAAAAAAUUGGACUAUUAUACACGUGCUUGUCGAAUUGAAGAAAUCCCAUUGUUACAGGCAAAUAUUGAGCCGGAAGCUAUUGAAUCUCGUGAAUUAUUUGAGCAGAGUGUCAGAGAAAUUGAGGAGCAUUCGAAAGCCGAGCAUGCACGACAAUUGAAAGAACGUAAUCGAUUGAUUCGAAUGAAAUCAGAUGUCCAGCGUCUUGUUGGUCAAUUAAAAGAAGCUCGUGAUAAUCGGUAUAGAGCUAAAUUGGCAGAAUGGGAGGCUCUGUGUGACCAAAAACGAUCGGAAAGAUUGGCUGAAAGAAGAGCUAAACAUGAGGCUGAAUUAGAAGCUGAGGCACGUCGUCGAGCUGCACAAGAAGCACUUGAACGUGAAGAACAGAAACAACGUGAACUAGCUGCAGAAGCUGAACGUCAGAAACGAGAACAAGAAGCUAAAGAAGCGGCAGAACGUGAGGCUGCUCGAAUUGAGGAAGAGUCCAAGGCAUGGAAACGUGGAGAUAUUAAAAGAGUUACUAUGACAAGUGAACAAUUAUCUACUGAGAAAUCUGAAGCUGAUAUCAAUACAUAUGAACCUGUAUCGGUUAAUCCUUUUGCUCGACAUCGUCAAUCUGAAAUUAGUAGUGCUUCUGGUAACGCAUUCCGUGACUUUCGACGUGAUGAUACGUCAAGAUAUUCAGAUUUUGGUCGGUCAUCGGGAAGUAAACGAGUUGGUUUCGAUAAUACACCAACUCUCCGUAGUGAUCCUUCCAAAGAUACUUGGAGUCGAAGCGGUCCACGAAGAACUGUUCCUUCUGAAUUUGAUUCGCUUCUAUAUGAAGAUGACUCUGGUAACGCUGGUGGUUGGACUCAGGUUGGAUCACGUAGAGAAACUGAACGAACAAGACCAUUCGGUAGAGGUGGUAGUACAAUGGGUGGUGGAUUCAAUAGAGCAUCUAAAAAUCUGGAUAUGGACACUGGUAGCUCAACUCCAUGGCGUAGAGAAGGUCCAAAUGCCACAGCGGGCAAAUCACAAGUUUUUGAAGAAAUGAGAGGUGGUAAUGUGAAACGACCUUUUGGUAGCUCAGGAUUCCCUUCACGACUUUCUAGUGGUGGAUUAUCUGACGACAGGAAGUACUAAUCAUCAACUAAAACAUACUAUAUUUCACUCUUUUAUUCAUUCAACAAUCAAUCACUUAUAUAUCGGUUCAUUUGUUGUUUAUUGUUGUAUAAGUUAUAUCACAUAAUUAAUAUGAGUGAGUAAUCAAAUGAUAAUAAAAGAAAGAAAGAAAGAAACGGUGUAUGUAUAUCUUCUGUUUUAUGAAGAGAAUAUUUUCCAUUUGUAUGAUGAUACUAUUUGCUUAGUCUUAUUCUUAUUUCAUUUUGUAUGCAGUAUCUAACUUCAGUUUUCACUUAUGUUUAGUCUAAACACAUGAUUAGAUUGACAUUGUAUUGUUCCUCUAUCUGAUUGUCUCUUUCAUAAUAAUAAUAAUAAUAAU